GCACCGAAAUGGUCUUUGCAGUCCUCACGAAAGCAUGAUAUCAUUCAUUUCCCUGCAAGCUUUUCUCCGUGGCGCAUAAAAAAUGAAGCUCUCUGCUGUCUUCCUUCUGACCCUCCUUGGGCAUGUCGUAGCCAUCGGCGAUUUUCUUGACCAGUUACCCGACAUGCUGGACAAGAUCCUGCAUGAGGACCAACACCGACCUGUCCACGAAAAGCCCAAUGUCAUCCUCCUAGUCGCCGACGACAUGGGCAUGGGCGACCUGACGUCAUACGGCCACCCGACCCAGGAGCCCGGUUUCAUUGACCGGAUGGCUGCCAAGGGUCUCAGAUUCACCAAUGGAUAUGUGGGAGAUUCUGUCUGUACGCCCAGCAGAUCAGCCAUCAUGACAGGUCGCUUGCCCGUACGUAUUGGGACCUAUGGGGAGACUCGUGUAUUCCUACCCUGGACGAAGACUGGUCUACCGAAAAGUGAAAUCACCAUAGCCGAGGCCAUGAAACAGGCCGGGUAUGCAACAGGCAUGGUUGGAAAAUGGCAUCUUGGAAUCAAUGAGAAUUCUCCCACAGACGGUGCUCAUCUUCCCUUCAAUCACGGAUUUGAUUUUGUGGGCCAUAACCUGCCCUUUACCAACAGUUGGAAUUGCGACGAUACCGGGCUUCAUUUAGACUUUCCAGAAAGUAGUAAAUGCUACCUUUAUUACAACGCAACACUGUUGUCGCAACCUUACCAACACAAGGGUCUAACCCAAGCGUUUACUCGUGAUGCCAUCAAUUUCAUUGAAGAUAACAUUGCCGACCCAUUCUUCUUAUACGUUGCCUUUGCCCACAUGCACACUAGUCUUUUCUCAAGCGACGACUUCGCUUGCACUUCUCGUCGAGGUCGUUAUGGUGAUAACUUGCUGGAAAUGCAUGAUGCUGUUCAGCAAAUCGUUAACAAGUUGGAAGAAGAGAAACUCGACGACAACACCAUCAUAUUCUUCAUCUCCGAUCACGGGCCCCAUCGCGAGUAUUGUGAGGAAGGAGGGGAUUCCAAUAUAUUCAGAGGUGGUAAAUCCCUUUCUUGGGAAGGUGGGCACAGAAUUCCAUACAUCGUUUACUGGCCUGGGACGAUUAAACCUGGAGUUUCCAACGAGCUCGUCACAUCAAUGGACAUCAUCGUUACAGCAGCUGACUUGGGCGGCACCAAGCUUCCGAGAGACCGUAUCUACGAUGGGAAGAGUAUCAGGGAAGUCCUCCUGAACGACGCUUCGUCACCCCAUGACGCGUUCUUCUACUACUGCAAGGACACCAUGAUGGCCGUCAGGAUCGGCAAGUACAAAGCCCACUUCAAGACCCAACGUGUCCGCAGUCAGAGCGAGUACGGUCAAAAAUGCGCUGGUGGGUUGCCGCUAGAGGAUUACUUCGACUGCAACGAAUGCGAGGGUGAAUGCGUGACCGAGCACAACCCGCCUCUUCUCUUCGACCUUGACAAGGAUCCCGGCGAAGCGUAUCCUUUGGAAGCCUGCGGACUCGACGCUGUGUUUGUGAAUAUCAAGGCUGCUGUGGCGGCACACAAGAAUGCCUUGGUCAAAGGGGAACCUCUUCUGGAUACGUUUGAUCACUCAAUUGUCCCGUGCUGCAGUCAAGACACCAACUGUGUCUGUAACUAUGUCCAUGAGCCUGGUUUGCCCCAAUGUUACCGGUACCUUGAACAGCUAGCCGCAAGGUAUUACAAACCAUAGAUUGAUGAAAAUCUAUACAAAAAAAGAAUGUGACCUUGAAGUUGAAUUUAUAUCAUAGGUUUAUGCAAGAAGAGAAACCUAUCACUGAAAAAAACAAGUCUUUAUGAAAGUCAAAUGAACCAAACAUUAGACACUUUUGCACGUUCCUACAUUACUAAGUACCAGUCUGCCAAAAUAUUUGUACUUACAUUUUCUUUUAUUAGAGCAUCGUAUUUUAAUUAAUGUUGAUUUAUUGCAUCUACAAUUUAAUUAUUAGUCGUUAUUGGCGUAACUUUUUUUACGAUGCGAUGAUGCCAUUUGAAUAAACCCCCAAAAUAUCUG